AUGAUUAUAUUAUUUUUUAAUAAAUUUACUAAUCGAUUUUUAUUACACGGCCAAACUAUUGAAAUUAUUUAUUUGAACAAUUUUACCAACUUUUGUUUUAAUAUUUAUUGCUCUCCCUAUUGUUUUAAAUUCUUGAAUUUACAAUUUAAACUUUCUUUGUCAAGACUUAAAAGAAUCGCUUCUCAUUUGCCCUUCAAAUGUCCUCAAAAUUUAACUCGUACGAAUGCGACAAAUUUUCUUAACAAUUGGCAAUCAGAAUUGCGUUGA